CAACCACCUCAUCAUCUCAGACGUUUACCACGAUGCCAGACGACAAGGUACAGAUUCAAGCUGCGUCGUCACCCACCGAAGAUUCAGACGUAGCCACGCCGAUUACUGAAGCGUCAGAACCCAAACCCGGGGUAGACGGAGUACCAGUUCGUUGGUACGAUGCCGACCGCACCGAAUCGUAUACGCGUAUUACGCCAUUUCAGGAGAAACAUGAUACGAGCAUCGAGUUCUUCUACAAGCCUAUUACUCUGACUGCACUAGGAAUUGGGAUGGCUGUCUUGGCGUACGUUGCCACCACUCAGGACGUCCUAAAAGAGGGACGGGAUAAACGUAGAGUCGGUGCAUAUGCUGCGAUAGCUUCCUUUCUUCUUUUCUCGAUGAUACAAUUUCGAGAUGGACCGUUUGUCCGGCCCCAUCCAGCAUUCUGGCGAAUUGUUUUGGGCGUCAAUUUACUGUAUGAGCUCGCCCUGGUUUUCUUACUCUUCCAGGAUCUCGACUCGGCGAGAGCGAUGAUGAAGUACCUGGAUCCUGGUCUGGGAGUUGCACUUCCAGAAAAGAGCUAUGCGGAGAAUUGUGAAUUCACGCCGCAAAAUAUUUGGAAUGCAAUCGACAUCUUUUGCCUCGCCCAUGCAUUGGGCUGGUUUGGGAAGGCGCUGAUACUUCGCGACUAUUGGUUUUGCUGGAUCCUGAGUAUCGCGUUUGAGUUCGCUGAAUAUAGCUUGCAACACCAAUUGGCCAAUUUCGCAGAGUGCUGGUGGGACCACUGGAUUCUCGACGUGUUGGUAUGCAAUUGGUUGGGUACCUACAUUGGCAUGAAGACCUGUCAAUAUUUUGAAGUCAAGCAUUACACCUGGCGAGGACUGCGACAAACACGUGGUCUGCGUUCAAAAACGAAACGUGUCAUCAGCCAGUUUUCUCCUCAUGAUUGGACAACGUUCAAAUGGGAAGGGACCGCAUCCUUCGUGCACUACUUCACUGUCGUUCUCCUUUUGGCAGUCUUCCUCGCAGCGGAAUUGAAUCCGUUCUAUCUUAAGGCUCUCUUGUGGAUGGAGCCCGAUCAUCCGUUUGUCAUCGCGCGUCUGGCGGGAGUCUUUCUCUGUGCCUUGCCUGCGGUCCGAGAGCUGUAUGAAUAUGUUAACGACCCGAGGAAAGCCGUGCGAAUGGGACAGCAUGUAUGGCUGUUGCUCGCUACCAUUGGGACGGAGUUUUUUGCAAUUACCAAGUGGAGCAAGAACCAAUUCCCAGAACCACUGCCGUCCAGCGUCAAGUGGGCAUGGUUCAUCGGCGCUCUACUGCUUGUAUCAUACCCCACAGUGCAGUUUGGGCUACCAAGCGUUAGGAGAUACCUCCGGCGCUCGCAGCGCAAGCCAAAGCCUAAGACAAUCUUGAUAUCGUGA